CAUCCCACCACUCCCCCCCCGCAAUGCCACCCGCGCGUCUUCCCCAACUAACUCUCAAGACGCUUCCCGGUCUCGCCAGCAUCGGACCCCUCCGACCCUCGCUCCCGAAAUCAAAAGCGCGUCAGCUGAGAGCUAUGGCGUCCUUGGCGCCUGUGAAGUGUGAUUGGCUGGUUAUCGUGCCUGAUCAGCCAAGGAAGCUGGAGGCGAGGAUGGCGGUUAGGAGUGAUCAUUUGAAGAAUGUUACGCCGAAGGUUGAGGAGGGGUUUUGGAAGGUGGGGGGCGCUACUCUCGAUGAGCCGCCAAAAGAGGGAGAGCCAUUGAAAAUUAACGGAUCCUGUUUCAUCGCGCACGCAACAACGAAGGAAGAGGUGAUGGUGGAGCUCAAGAACGAUGUCUAUGCGAAGGGAGAGGUUUGGGAUUUUGAAAAGAUUCAAAUUAUGCCAUUCAAGCCAGCUUUUAUCAAGCCAUUGAAUUGAGAUCCGAGAUGGAUGGAGGAUGAUAGAGGUCAAGGGCCAGGGCGGCAGGGAUGAAUUGUUGGUCCUAUUAGACUCUAGGGUAGGAAAUACCUUGAAACAGCUUAAAACUACUUCAUGUGCUAUUGAUCUCUGAAUAUUGCGGAAGAAUUGUAGUUUUAACUUUAAAAUUUCGGAAUAAAUGAUUCCACUUUAU